GUGAAUAUCUCGCAUAUUUCAUGUACUCGAUUGGGGGUUGAAUUUAAAGUACCGUUUGUGUUUAUUGACUUUUGCAAGUAGAUACAUCUCUUAUCUCAUAAUCUAGGAGAAGUCUCUUUACAUCGACUCAAAGAGAUGGCAGUUUUGUGACCCAUCCAUUCACUGCGACUGUCUGAACCAACCUUGACGAAUUCCGUAUUUUAGUUCCAGGGGCAAGACUCAUUGCGCAGAUCGUGGUCAGUGAAUUACUUGAACCUUGAGAAACAAAGAUUGGCUCUCCCGCCACAUUGAGGAUCAACUACAAGGUACUAGCCAUUUUAGUGUCAACUGCAGUAGGUAAGUCUAGAUCAGUCCCGGCAGAAUACACGUGGAGCCACGAAUGAAGCUCUUUGGUUUAGUGUCGGAUUCACGGAUUAAUUCAAAAUUUUCGAGGGAUAUUUUUGGGCGACUGUUUAUUUAACUGUUUUGAAUGAGGUGACUCAAAUAUAUUUUCACAUGUAAACUCUUAAAUGUAGAUAUUUGGGUUCCUGGGUCGUGUUGAUUACAUGUGGUUUGCCUAAUUUUAUGAAAGGAAAUUGCUUUGAAAUUGAGUCAUUGGGCCAACGAAGUUCGCCCCCCAAGUAAUCACAAGGUUGUGUUGUAAUCAAACGAGAAAAGUGGAGUAUCAUCAAACGGCAUGAUUAUUGGUUUAUUUUAACAGUAUUAGUAUUGACGCAUUAAGCUGCGUUAAACUGCAGAGACCAUCUGGCUGUACGUUUCAAGCUCUUUAAACCCACGCGGGUCACAAGCUCAUUACAUGAAAUAGAAGCUUUUGUCAUAGUUCUUCCCAUUGCGCCUUCUUUUCCCGAAUUGAAAAAUUGUAUGAAUAUUUUUACUUCAUUGUACGUUGUACUUUGUUCCGGGUUUUAAUAGAGCAUCAAGAUUUCCAAAUUUUCUGGGGAAUAACUUGCUAGAAUGCGUAAUCGAGGGGUCGAAUUUUCGUGGUAUCCCCUAGCUUGAUCCUGUUCAACUAGUUGAUUAUUAUUUAACCAUAUUCUGGUCCACCAGAUCUGAAAACUACCCUUGAGAAUCUAUUUCCGUUAUUGUAAACAAUUUAAAUUAAGCCGAACAACUAUGUCAUUCACUUAAGCACGUUUGUUUGAAAUCGAAUAUAUUUCUACGACCUCUCUUGACAAGACUGCUAUACUGAGAAACACUUAGCUAUUUUGCCGUAAUCCUCUCGAGACGCCUUAAGGUCAUUCGGAUUUGUAACUAAAUAAAGCUAAAUGCAUAGUACAGGUCAAAAUUUUGAGGUUUGGAAGAUUAUUUUUAACUUUGAGAAACGAAAAUGUCAAUCGUCUGUCAAAGUUGGCUACUUUCUCGAUGUACUUUGUAUUGAAAAAAAAAAUGAACACAAGUUAUGUAAUUCGUAAAAGCCGCUACGUUCAUCCGCUCGAACUGGGCAUGUCCAACUCAGGGUUGAAUUUCGUGAAAAGUUCAAGUGCAGGUAUAUUCGCGACGUUACCGCUCGGCGCUAACACGCCGGAUUUAGAAUAUCGACACGUUUUCAUGUUUCUUUACUCGUAACAUCGUGCUAGCACGCUAAGCAUCCUGAUCAUUUUUUUAUUGAGCGUCACGUAAUUGAGUAAGCUGUUGUAGUAAUGUGGUGCUUGCGUAAGAGAAACUGUUUAUAUGGGUGCAUUUAUGCCCAAAAGAGCUACGUAGGGUGCAUUGUAAUAAGUGUUCCUUUUUCUCCGGAUGAAAAAAGUCAAUGUAUACUAUUAGUCUGGCUGAGGAAAUCGUGUAUCGAGGUGUGCACCUGUGUCUUUCAUUAAACUGAGGUAGAAAUUCCUGUUGGACAGCUUUAAAAAGACCUUUGAGUAGGGGUGUUUUCAUAUUUGUGGUAUAGUAUGUAAUGGGCCUUGAUGGUAUCCAGUUCAGUUUCUAUUUUAUUAUCGUACACAUGAGACGUAGUGUUUCAUCAAAAGAUCAAACACUGAGAAAAGAGUUAAGUUGGAAUUGGAAAUGCAACGCGCUGUAAGGUAUUUUUGGCAAACUGAGUUCGUGAUGAAAUAGAGGAAAUACUUAGCUUUGUGGAAUGUUUGAUUUUACUUCUCAAAGAAAAUGAUUUUUAAAAGGAGGAUUUAAAGAUGUAAAAUCAAGACUUUUUCAUCUGAUUUUAAACACUCAUUAAACAUCAAUAUCCUUUGUGUUUUCAUUAUGAAUUACUUUAUGACGACUGGUCAUUGUCAUGUAAUUUUCAUUCCGAUCUCUACAAAAUAAUACUGUAAUGCGCUGUAAUCCAAGUGUUAUAUUAAGAAUUUAAAUAAAGAUCAAGCUGGUUAGGGGUAAGCGGUUGUAAGAUGGAAGGUGUACUUACAAAAACGAAAAAAAAAAGAGACGAGUUGUUUCACUCAAUAUAUCUUUUUAAUAGUUUAUUGGUGAAAUAUUGGACGCCAAAUUUUUUCGCAGCUGUAGAUCGGCUUGCUUUACUGAAAUUUGUACUAUGCAAACUGAGGAUGUUGUCAAAAAAUUAAUAUAGAGGAAAUUUGAGAUACAGCUUGUAUGAGAGAUAGAUGGCUUUUAUGACUAGAAAAGAAGGUAAAUUCGUACUGUAUUGGUAGGGUAAACCUUUCUCGAUAUAUGUCCUCUUAACCAAUUAAUUGCAUUUUACGAAUAGCAAGGCAUUUGAAAUCAAUGAAACAACAGAAGGGAAGGGUUCCUCAAAAAAAGGCGCCAUUUUUAGGGCUAAAACAGGUAUUUUGAUGGAUUUACACUGUUGGCCAGGAAUAACUGGGAUGUUGUAAUGUUGCUUGCUAGAUUUCCUGUUCUUGGAUAAUAUUAAAAGAACACAUCUUGCGACUAUGAAAAUCGCAGCAGACUGGAAAUCUUAUAAAGAGUAGGUGUGGUCAGAAGAAAAACUUUGCGAAUUCUGCCAUUGCCAAAAUCAAAUACAGGGAGACAUGUUCACUGAUGUGGCUCUAAACAUUUGUGUUUGUUGCUGAUAAAGAAAUAUUAAAUUUUAAACAGGAUAUCCUAUUACCUAGUAUGAUAGUGGUGUUUGAGACGUCAGUGCGGAAAUGAUCCCUUUCAUCAGUUAAACGUUAUUGGAACUUAAUUACUGUGUUGAAGACUGGUGGUUACUCUGUUGCUAACCUAACAGGGCCUCGAUAUACCGGACAUGUUUUUAAGGAAGAAAGCAGACGGUUACUUUAAAAAUCGUGCCAACAGUACGUGCAACCUCGAUUAAUAAGCUUGAUCCCAAGCUCAGUCCUGAAGGACCUUAUCGCGAUAUAAGAGUUGCUGAUCGUUUAUCACGUGCGCAUCAGUAAGAUAUGUACUUUGACUUGUUUAAGCUGUAAAUUAAUUCACGAACUGCAUAAAAAUGUCAUAAAAAUCACGUCGUCCCUUACUGUAUAUAACUGGAUCAUAUUCUCCUCAACUGAUUAUGUAAUUACACCUUAAUCGAAACUGGACGCCUUUCGAAAACUUCGAAGACAAAGACGCUAAGGCUUAAAGCUAAGGGGAGUACAAAAACUAGGUAAGUUUAAGUGGAGAACGUAUUUGUGAAUUGAUCGUUACUGGCUCCAGAAAACACUUUCUCAAGGACAUUCCUCACUUAAGAUCGUGAGUGAGGGAUUAAAGAUCUGAUAAUGAAUUUCCAAUUUUGGCUUUUUCGAUUGUUGUAGCCCUAAGGUAGCUUUUAUAGUCGUGUAUAGUCUGUUAUUUGUUUUGUUUUUGUGAAUCCAUGGUUUUUCCUCGACGGAUGAACAUUCUCUCUCUUUUCUCGUGCAGUCUGAAGUUGCUUUUAAGGUAUUAUAGCUAUAGUCUAGCCCUAGAGCGUUUCGGAAGUUAUUAGAGCCGUUUGCUCUUUUUACAACUGUAAGCUUUAAAAAUGUUUUGACAUUUGCAUUUCGAUCGUUGUAUCUAAAAUCGCGCUCGUCGUACACCAGAAAACAGGCGAUCUUUAAAAGGUCUGGAAGGGGAGCGAGUUGAGCAACAGGAAGGUCUGGGCACGCUUUCCGCGCUCUGUUUUGUAGUUUACUCUUCGAGGCCAUAAUUAUACACUUACAGCGAAAAAACAGCGUCAUGUUGGUUACCAGUUUAGGCUGAGUGGUAUAAUCACCCCUUGUUGGUUAAUCUUCUUUAACUUUCCUAACAUUUCUUAAAUCUAAAAGAAGUGUCAAUGAAGUCACAUUUGCAUUUAAAGCGUUCGAAAGUUUUGUCAAAAGUAGAUUUUACCGAUAUACGUGACUUCAGGUAAGUAAAAACUGAAUGGAAUGGGGACAGUGAUGAGGACUUUUUUUUAUGAAUAAUGGAUUGAAAAUGAUCGCGAUAUCGGUACCCUGGUGUACCGACUCUGUCGCCCACCCUCCCCCCCCCUCCUGCCCCUCCCCUGUACACUACCUACAUACCGGUUCUGGUAGCAGGACUGGUGCCUUUUACAAAUUUAGUUUCAAACUCCCUCAGGGCACGAAUGCCAGAUUAAUCAUUUAAUUAUUUGAUACCGGCUCGUGAUAAGGCGAACAAUAAAUUCCAUUUAAGCCAAGAAAUUACGCGGAGAACAGUGCGUCAGAAACUUGCUGCAUUCUUAACUGUUGCAUGUAAGAGUGGUUGAAAUGUCAACAAAUCUCGUAGAAAGUGUUAGUUAAGGCUUUAAACGCUGCGUGAUCCAUUGACUAAUUAGAAGCGCUAUAAUUCGGUUCUCUUUUUCAAAGGUUUGUGGUGAAACACAGCAGCAGAAAAAUCGAGCAACAUGAGAAGGCGACGAACACAACAGCUAACUAUAAAACAACCGAGGGUGUUCAUGCUUGGCAAAGAUGGAGUUGGAAAGUCAGGUUAGUGUUUAAAUUUGCCAGCGAACAAGCUACAAAUAUGAUUUACAAUUAUAUCCCGUUGUUAAAGUUGUUCUUUAUAGCCACGAUAAUCAUCUAAGUUUAGGUUACUGGAAGUAAUUUUGUUAGGAGUAAAAUAGGGCAUUUUUGUGAUCGGUCUAUUAAAGUUCUUAUCAAAUGUCUUAGUAUGUCUGAUUUCUUGGUUGCCCUGUCUCCAAACGCACGCAUCUUAUAUAAACUUGUUUUAAUAUCAGUGAACUUCUGUUUUAAUGCUCAAUCAGGCAAUCAAAACAGAUUUAAUGAACAGUUUUAUUCGUGCCUGCUGCUGUCAAAGAAGGGAAUAAGUUUUCCAUCACUUAAACUAUUUGGAAUUUAGUCUUCUUAUUCUGUAUGAGCAAUUGUCCCAAUCUUGUUGUGGUUGUUCUUCACUAUUCCGUUUUCACGGCGGAGGAAAAAGGCGGUCGUGUCGUGUACUCCCGUGUUAAUUAUUCCAUUGUCGUUUAAAAGCCGCAGAACCAAUGACGUUUCUUUGUUAUGGUUUUCUGACGAUUAUAUCGUUACGUAAAUAUGACAAGUUACUCUACCAAAUCCGGUCUAUUGUCAAGUGAAAUCUUUUUUAACGUGAAUUGCUGUCAACACUGUGGAACGCUAGCGUCUUCAAAUAUGUUGACAAGAAGCUUUAGGUAUUUUAAUGAUAAUAACAAUACUAAUAACAAUAAUGAUAAUUAAAAAAAUAAUUAAAAUAAUUAAAAAUUAUUAUUAUUAUUAAUUUAAUUAGGAACGUCAUUUUUUCUGUGGUAAACGUGUAUCAUUCGCGGUUAUUCUACUUCAACAAGGUUUAUUAUUAUUAUUUUUCUAUUUCAGCUCUUGUCGUGCGUUUCAUAACUAAGAGGUUUAUUGGGGAAUACGCGCGGUCGUUAGGUAAGAUCUUUUAGUUCUUUCUUUUGGAAGCUGUAAUGGAAACAAAAACUAAACGAACAAACUAAUUACUGGCACUUUCCUUCUCUUUUACUCAUAACCUAUCCCCUUUGUGCCUCGUGGCACAUAAGGCUUCCUGGUUCCUGUUAUAUGAUAGGCAGCCCUCAGCCCAACCCCCAAACUGAAGGACCUGGGGACUACACUUAGUCUGGUCUCUAUCCUUUGACCUUUUCGGCAUGAGUGACUACACCAGGAUUGCAAGACUCCAGCCGACAUAGCUCUAUGGGUCAUUGAGACGAGGUUUACGCACAUUAUGCUUUUUAGAUCAAUUAACGCUGCUGGAGAAAGUUGAGUCCUUUUUCUGUCCCUGCCCAAAUAAAUUACCUCAAUAGGUUGAAAAUAUACUUUUUUAUGUUCUUAACUCCUGUUUCUACACUCUUGCUUUUCUAUAGUACGAGAUAAGCAACAAAAAAAAAAACAAGUUCUAAACGGCUCUGUAUUUGUCGAGAACCUGGCUUUAUGAAGUUCGUCCUGUUUUUAAUUCUAUAAAAAUAUAUUUCAUAAGAAUAUUGAGGCUAAAAUUUGCGAAAUGUUAAGACUAUUUUAAGAAUAAACCCGACGCUGGGAUUAAAAUAAAUAAAUAAAUAAAUAAAUAACGAUUUGCAGGUAGCACAUCCACAUAGUGGUUCUUCGUCUACCUGAUUCCUUGUGGAAUUGGAAUUUGGAAAUGUUAGUUUUUGAGGAGAGGGGAAAACCGGAGUACCCGGAGAAAAACCUCUCGAAGCAAGGGAGAGAACCAACAACAAACUCAACCCACAUAUGGUGUCGACGCCGGGAUUUGAACCCGGGCCACAUUAGUGGGAAGCGAGUGCUCUCACCACUGCGCCACCCUUGCUCCCCCAAAUCCUGGGAUUUUGAAAAGGACAUAAUUUUGUGUGUCGAAAAUCUCUUAAUAAAAUGGAAUUAUCUGUUUUUGACUUACCUGACAAAAUUAUUCCCUUACUAAACGGGAAAACUAGCUAACAAAACGAAAAAAACAGCUCUAACUAAAGCCAACAUGUUCAGUGCUGAUAGUAGUUCUAUUAAGGGUACAUGUAAUACUUAUGGACAGUGUAUGUCCUCAACUUUAAUUUAAGAAUAAUACUGUUUUGUUUCUUGUUUUGCUCGAAAUUUGCAUGUAAGCAGCGCGAGGACUAAGCCUCACGCCACGGAAGGACUGGUUCCAAGUUAAUUUCAAACAGGCGUUGCUAGCGUCAGUAUGGCGUAGACAUUAUUUAGAGAGAUUUUUUUUUCAUGCUAGUCGCAUCGAGAAGGCUGGUAAUCCGCCUGAUUUGAGUCAUUUGUGAAGCCUUCUUUCCAGAGUGUCAUUAAAGAUAACGUCACCAUUACAAAUACAAUCAUAUUUUUCAGCCUAUAACCGGCAGAAAAUAAGAAUAUGCAGCCUGGGCCAGAAGAACAAUAAUCUUAUAUGUAUAUAAAAAAGAGAGUGUAACCGGGCAGUAUUGAAAGAAAUCAGCUGAAAACCAAACUUAAGACAUUUUUCUUGUAUAAUUUCUUUGAAAUCUUUGGAAGUCAAAUUUUGUAGGAUUAUGCUGAAAAAAUGUCCAUUUUGUCGGCAACAACAACAACAACAACAACACUUUAUUCCACCCCAUAAUAUACAAGAAAUAAAAAUUUAUAACAAUAGUACAGACGAUGAUAGGGGCGGUGGCUGCGAAAUAACCUAAGAGUUAAAAAUGCCAGGCAGUCAGUUAAAAGAAAAGAUGUUUAAAUGUUUAGGUCAGGGACACAAGAACAAAGAAAACAGAGAAACACGCACAAAUAGUUAAGUAAACUACCAGUAUAUAAAGAGACUAAAAUUCAUACAUUGCAAAACAGUAUUAUUUCCAUUUUAAAGUUACCCAGGCAACAUGCCUGAUGCUUUAACUUAGGCCAUGUUAACACUAUACCGCCGGAUACCUUUUUGUGCCGACACGCAAAGCUAUCUGGUAUGGUGUGAACGCCUAUCGCGCGAUAUGUGACUCUCCACGUUCGAGAUCGACGCGGCGCAGCUUCGCGCCGUUGCAGAAACCGCUCCGAAAUCACUGUUCUUCUGUGUAAACAGAGACUCUCUCCAGUAUGGCUUUCGUGCCGGCGCAAAGCUAUCCGGUACAGAGCGUUUUCACGGGCUCGUUUUCACUCACGUGGCCAGUAUCUACUAGGCAAAUUUAUUGGAACAAAAGAAAGCGUUUGAAGAAGAAAAGAGUUCAACUCCCUCAGGAUUGGUUUGGUACACCAACAUGGCCGCCGUUUCAUUGUUUUGGGACACCAAUAUGGCCGCCGUGACGUCAUGUGAAAACACUCUAUAGUGUGAACAUAGCCUUAAUCCUUUAAGCCCUAAGAGUGAUCAGCAUCAAAUUUCUCCUUGUAAUAUCAAUGCUUUGUAAAACAGAGUGGUCACGAGAAUUAUUGACAUGAUCAAAAAAGAUGAAUUUGCUUGAUAUUUUAUCAACUUCUCCCCACUACGUCUGUAGGAAAUGAAUAGGGGCCACAAUUGGGAUUUUUAAUUUUGAUCCUAGGGUUUAAAGGGUUAAGCAUCAUGCCCAAAAUUUAGCCGGCAGAAUGGCAGUGUCUAAGCCUGAUUGAGACUCGCAAACCACUCCACCUCGGUAGGGUGGCAAUCCCUCCGAAGCGGUCUUCGCUUAUGCCAACCUUGAACUGAAUUUUUCAAUUCGUAUUUUUAUAUUUGCAGAGGAUUCCUACAGUGUUCACGUGGAGAUGGAAAAUGAAGAUGUCGAGCUGCAGAUUACAGACACCGCGGGCGAGGUUUGUAUAUGUCGUACACUACAUGACAUGCGUCAAGUGUAAGGGUGCAUUCGAUUGGUCAAAACGGAAAAUACUAUUAGUAUAUUCUUCAAAAUACUGCGAUAUAAUAUUCUUUUCAACAGCCUAUCGCUCUGCUGAUAAUAGAGAGAUUUGACAUCAAGUUUACAGUACAACGGACGGUGUCAGUCACCGAGUUUUCCCUUCACUUGCACGUUGUUUGCUCUUCAUCAUAUUAGCUUGCAUAAUUUAAGCGUUUUCUUCGUGUGUGUGAAUGUUCCUGCUUGCGUAAGCGCCAUGUCCCCAAUCGUCCUCACCGAUAAAAUCAAAGUUGGCGGCCAUGGCAUUACCAAACUUAGACAAGCAACUUUCCGAGACCGGCCAAGAAAUAUGCCUCGAUAUCACAUCUACACGAAAAUAGGUGCCUUCAUGUGAGUUUCCUCUACAAGAAUUAUUUCGGGUAGUUUUUAUCGCUCAUUUCUGAGAAAUUGUAGUCCCGCUAAAAUCUGGCGUUUGCUUUGUGUAUAAAUAUGAUUCUAAAUAGCUUUAAUGACUUGGUCGUGGGUGCGAUUUAGUUGACAGAAACCUCUCUUACGUUUUUGAUUCUCAGAAUACAGCAGAGAAGCUAAGCCUGAUCUGUCGUCAAGGAGACAUGUUCUUCAUUGUGUAUUCCAUCACCGAUCGUUCAAGUUUUGAGGAAGCAGAACGCAUUGGACGGUUCAUAAAAGACAGUCUCCAUAGAGAGACCGUUGACAUGGUGAUCGUAGCAAACAAGUGCGACUUAGAUCACUUGCGGCGAGUGACGUCUGAUGAGGGAUGUGAGCUGGCAACGGAAUUGAAUUGCAACUUUUACGAAGUUUCCACCUCAGAAGAUUGCAAACGAGUGAGAGAGGUUGUGAAAACUUCAUUGUUGAAUUUCAUCCGCCAUCGAGAAAAAAUGAGAGAAACUGGAAAUCUGAAAGUUCCAUCGUUUGUUAAAAGGACGCCAUCCUUUGAGAAAAGGAAACGUUCAGGCCGAAAUUCCCAGGACAAUUUGAAAACAGUGGUCACAACUUUUGAAAUCCGCCAGCGAAUGAGACUGAAAGAAGAAGGAGAUGGCUAUGAUGACAAAGCUAAUAAUAACAACGCUCUGGGAGUUUAUGGUAAACAAAGCGAAAAUGGAGGUAAAGACUUGGUUACUCCAUCCAAAGCUAUUAACAACGACUCAAGUAAAAAUCGCCCUUUCCAUGUGGAAAAGAUAAAAAAUGCUUCUCAAUCGAGGGACAGACAGAAAGUCACCUCAUCUACCGACAAAUCGCCCGUAAUCUCUAACGAUGAAAAACCUAAAAUACCGUUUACGGUUCAUAAGGUGAAAGGAUCUUCGGCUAGCGAAUGGAUGAGACCCCUUCCGGUCGACAAGUUGCGACCUCUACCGAAUUACUGGAUCCGAACGGAACAAACGGUUUGCGAAGAGAAGCCGAAGAAGGGACCGUUUUCGCUUGACAGACGUCGGAAUCAUGAUCAGUCGACGGAGAAGCUCAAUAGAGCAUCAUCGUCAAACGAACGAUCGAGGUCUACGUCGUCGUUUACUCGUAUGAAAGAUGGACUUAUCGGAAGAACCAAGGCGCUGCGGAGGAAACCUAUUUACCUUUGA